GAGGGUUCACUAUAAAUAGAUUAGAGACUCCCACACCCAAAAAUGGCAGCCGUAGUAUCAUCCUUGGCCGCCUCCAUUUCUUCUUUUCUAGUUCCUCCUUUUCCUUCUUCUUCUUCUUCCUUAUUUUUCACAAAAUUCAGGUCAGCACCAUUUCUUAGAUUCUCUUUUGCAGUUGCACCCCUGUGUUAUCGUAGCGGAGGAGGAGUAGGAGGAGGAGGAGCGGGGAAGCUCAUGGCUCACUCUUUAGCUCGUGCCACUCUUGGCCUUACACAGCCAGCCAACGUCGAUGUCCCCAAGAUUUCUUUUGCUGCGAAAGAUGUUGGUGCGGUGGAAUGGAAAGGAGAUAUACUUGCAGUGGGUGUUACUGAGAAAGAUAUGGCCAAGGAUGAGAGCACAAAGUUUGAGAACUCACUUCUCAAGAAGCUAGAUGCCCAUUUGGGUGGUCUCUUAAGUGAAGCCUCUUCUGAGGAGGAUUUCACAGGAAAAGCUGGUCAAUCAAUUGUUCUUAGACUUCCAGGUCUUGGUUCUAAAAGGGUUAGCUUAAUUGGUCUUGGACAGUCUGCUUCAACCACCUUGGCUUUCCUCAAUUUUGGUGAGGCCAUUGCUGCUACUGCAAAGUCUGCUCAAGCCAGUGAUGUUGCUAUAGUGCUUGCCUCAUCAGAAAGUAUCGCAAAUGAAUCAAAGCUUAAUACUGCUUCGGCAAUAGCAUCUGGAACAGUGCUGGGGAUAUAUGAAGAUAACAGGUAUAAGUCAGAGUCAAAGAAAUCAGUGCUUAAAUCUGUGGAUAUUCUUGGUCUUGGAACUGGCCAUGAAAUAGAGAAGAAACUCAAAUAUGCUGAAGAUGUUUCUUCUGCUGUAAUCUUUGGAAAAGAGCUUGUGAAUUCACCUGCCAAUGUACUCACCCCUGCGGUACUAGCAGAAGAAGCUUCAAAGAUUGCUUCCACAUAUAGCGAUGUUAUUUCUGCUACCAUCUUGAAUGCAGAGCAAUGCAAAGAAUUAAAAAUGGGGUCUUAUCUGGGUGUUGCUGCGGCUUCUGCAAAUCCCCCUCAUUUCAUCCAUUUGUGUUAUAAGCCUCCAAGUGGACCUGUUAAAACCAAGUUGGCCUUAGUGGGAAAAGGGUUGACUUUUGACAGUGGUGGCUACAACAUCAAGACAGGACCUGGAUGUUCAAUUGAGCUCAUGAAAUUUGAUAUGGGAGGUUCUGCAGCAGUUCUAGGAGCAGCAAAAGCCAUUGGUCAGAUUAAACCUGCUGGGGUAGAGGUUCAUUUCAUUGUUGCGGCUUGUGAGAAUAUGAUUAGUGGAACAGGCAUGAGGCCAGGAGACAUAGUCACAGCCUCAAAUGGAAAGACAAUUGAGGUCAAUAACACUGAUGCUGAAGGCAGGCUUACACUUGCAGAUGCCUUAGUUUAUGCGUGUAACCAGGGCGUAGAGAAGAUAGUUGACCUGGCUACAUUAACUGGUGCCUGUGUAGUUGCUCUUGGUCCUUCAAUUGCAGGUGUCUUCACACCUAGUGAUGCCUUGGCAAAGGAGGUUUUAACUGCAGCAGAGGUCAGUGGAGAGAAACUUUGGAGGAUGCCAUUAGAGGAAAGUUACUGGGAGUCCAUGAAGUCGGGAGUGGCUGAUAUGGUCAACACUGGUGGUCGUCAAGGCGGUGCUAUUACAGCAGCUCUGUUUUUGAAACAGCAAAAAUUUGAAGAUGUCAGAUGCAGGGGGAAAUGGGGUUUGGGGCAUGGGAGAUUUGGAGGUUAUGCAUUCACCAUGGUGGACUGUGCCACGAGACCAACUCUUGGUAAAUCAUCCAGAACCUCAUGGAAGGCUGAAAAAUUUUACCAACCAGUGAUGAAUAAUCACUUACUGAGGCUUUAGUUAAGGAGCCAGAUGCCUAUUUUCAGCUUUAACAUCUUAAAAUUUGUUGAUGAGAAGGUUCAGUGGAUGCACAUUGACUUGGCUGGUCCAGUGUGGAACGAGAAGAAGCGCACUGCAACAGGAUUUGGCAUUUCAACUCUUGUGGAGUGGGUCUUGCAAAAUUCUUCUUAGAUGCAACGAACAGUGUCAGGAUCCUAUUGGAGAAAAGACUAAAAGG